GUCAUAAGGCUUUCCAAAACACUCAAUGGUAUAAAACGACGGAGUUAGUGUUAAACAACACUAUUAGCUGCAAUGAUUAUCUUGAUAAUUACACUCAUCAGCCUUUGGCCUCAGGAAGGGAGAGCCCUGCACGUGUUCCAGCCCUACAGGACUGUGGGCCGCGGAGGUGAGGCUGUGAUUCGCUGUUCCUACGAGCUGUCGAGUGGGACGGAGGAGCUACACCUGGCCUUGUACCGCGGCCAGUAUGAGAAGCAGGAGAUGUGUGCCUCCACUUUCAACACUAGGCAGUCCUACUUCGAAACCGAGGGAAUAGUGAAAUGUAGGGGUGAAAUUUCGUCCAAUGGUGUAAACCUCACUGUGACUGGACUGAAGGGUGUCGACACAGACCUGUACUUCUGCGCCCUGGAAGUGCUCUUUCCCCCACCUUACCUUCUCCGGGUUGGGAAUGGAACCAUAGUCUACAUAGAAGAAGAACCUGACUGUCCAGCACAUGCAGAGAAAAUCGUAGCUGAUCCAGAGGACACCUCAAAAGAAGCAUAUGUAUUACCAUUGAUACUGUUUGCGUUCGUCGUCAUCAUCAUUGUCAUCAUUGCGGUCAUCAAUAAUAUCAUCAACAUGAACCACAGGAGGAAGGUUGUUGGAAUGCCUCCUGUCGCCUCGAAAACAUUGGACUGCAGAUUUGGCUAUGAGAAUUUCCUAUGAAAAUUUACCAUUGAAAAUGUAUGACAUUGCAUGACUUUUUAAGUUAACAUUAUAUGUUUUUUUUUUACUGUGUACUUUACAAUGUGAAGUUUGGUGGUGCAACAUAACACAGAUAUAACCUUUUAAACAAAGGAAUAAAACUAUAACAUUUAAAAUGUCAGAAUUAAGGAAUGUAUUUUUUCACAUUCAGUAGCUUGUAGUGGGAUUUCUUACAUAACCUUUAUUACAAAGUUCUACGCAUGACAUUGUUGUGGUAUAUUAAUUCGUGUAAUACACAAGCGAUAUUUUAUAACACAUUUUGUUACACAUUAUUAAUUUUCAGGGAUCCUGUGCUACCACACAUGACUCUGUAAUUUUAUUUAGAAUGUGUGUUAUUUUGUUUUAUUUAUUUUUUGAUGCGCACAUUUUCAGAGAGAAUGAAAUGUCUCAUAGGAGUUUUCAGCUUUCAGUGUGAAAUCUAGCAUCGCCAGCAGGUGUCAGUGUGUCAUGAAAUUGUUCACAACUGCUUCUAUAAACUGGAGUUAUAUUCAGCUUAUGACCAUAUGAAGUGUUUGAGGAAUACCUUAAAUGUGCUUUGGAUUUCAUGGACUGUGUGUUAAAUAGCCAUGGUAAUAUGCAAAAAUGUGAACCCUAAUAAUGACCUCCCUUAUACUUGGGAGCUCUUUCGCACAAUACGUCUGUAUUUUAAAGAUAUUGUUUUAUCAUAUUGUCCCAGCUUCUU